UAUUCCCAUUUUCGGCUUCAUUUUUUUUCAAUACUCCAUCUUCAUCCACACCAUUUUUUUUUUGGGAACUAUAUAUAAAUAUAUAUAUAUACAUAAAUAAGUACUGGUAUACUGUGCUUUGUGAUAAUCUUUCUCACCUAAAACUUUCAACCAAAGGUUUGAGAGCCUUUUUGGAAUGUAUUGGCUCUGAAACUCUCUCAGCUGAUUGAUCCAUUUAUUACUUGCAAAAUUGGAUUUUUCUGCUUUGAGAUCGAUCGACUGAGUAUAUGUAAAUAUUCAUAAUCAAAUUUAACACAUAGAGAAUGGAUUAAGUUUUCUUAGCUUCUGCGGUGCUUUUCCUGUUCUAGUGCUGGUUUUUGUUGCAAAUAAUAUCAUACAAGAGAUGGCUAUUUACGAGCAAUCAGAUUUUUUACAGUCUUGUUAUCGGCUAUUUAGUUAUGAUGAAGAUCUAGCUAAAAGUUAUGCCUACUACCGUGAUGGCAUGAUACAAAAUCAUUCUGAUGACAUCUACCACAAACAGUAUUAUGAUACAGAGUCUAACAAUGUCGAAAAUGAUGAAAUCAUUGCACAUGCACUUCAAGAAGAAUUUUCACGGCUAGAUAUGGAAGAAUCCUCUGGAUACUCACAUGUAGGAGAAAAUCAUUCACUAGCUCCUGUCCAUACUUGGCAAAGUCCACCAAGGAAUUAUUCUUCAGGCAAUGAUUGUGGCCAGGAAGAAUCCAAUAGUUUGGUGCCUUCUACUUCUUCUAGCUCAAGUGGUCAAGAAGAGUAUGUGCGCUCUUCCGAGCUAGAUGAAUAUUCACUUGAUGAUGGGGCCAACUGGAAUUUGGAUCAGAUCACUGUUCCUUUUGCACAGCAUGUUCCUAGGAUUAAUGGAGAAAUUCCUUCAAUUGAUGAAGCAACUUCAGAUCAUCAGAGACUACUGGACAGACUGCAAUCAUUUGGAUUUAUUGAGCAUAAAGUCCAAGGAGAUGGCAACUGUCAGUUUCGUGCACUGUCUGAUCAAUUGUAUGACACACCUGAUAAUCACAAGAAUGUGAGACGUCAAGUUGUAAAUCAGCUUAAGUCCCAUUCAGAGAUUUAUGAGGGAUAUGUUCCUAUGGCAUACGACGACUAUUUGGAGAAGAUGUCCAAGAGCGGUGAGUGGGGUGAUCAUGUCACAUUGCAAGCAGCUGCUGAUGCGUAUGGUGUGAAAAUUAUUGUCAUGGCAUCUUUCAAAGAUACUAAAUUCAUAGAGAUUCUUCCCAAAUUUCAGACUCCAAAACGUGUGAUUUAUUUGAGCUUUUGGGCUGAGGUACAUUACAACUCAAUUUAUCCUCAACAAGAUACUCCCUCGGACGAGUUUAAAAAGAAAAGAAAGUGGUGGAAAAAUUGGCAAUAAAAACUAUUAGCAAUGAUUGAGGAGCUUCCUUGAAUUGAAUACUUAUUGCCAUUUACUAUUUUCCUCAAGUUUAUCAAUAGUUGAUCGUCAACCUGUUGUAAAAACUCCUUGGCAUUAUAAGUAGUUUUUAUGUUUCAGUCUUUCUUCCUCUUGUCGAAUUUUUCUUCUAUGCUAUACUGAACAGAAUUAUAAUAUCAUGUUUCAUUA